UCGAACACGGACCGACAGACUCGAGCUGCUUCACACUGAUCCAACCCCACCGGGCCUCUCCCGCCGCCGCGCUCUCUCGCCGGCAGCCCCUACGCCAACUCGUCCUCGAAUCGUGCGCCUCCGCAUCUGCGAUGGCCUCCAUGCCGCCGGUGGCAAGGAAGGUGCCGCACGAGCUGGCGGAGCAUGGCGACGUCCGCGUCGACUGCUACUACUGGCUCCGCGACUACUCCCGCUCCGAUCCCGCCGUCCUCGCCCACCUCCGCGCCGAGAACGACUACACGGCCGCCCUCAUGUCUGAUGUCAAACACAUCGAGGAUGAAAUAUUUGCUGAAAUUCGAGGAAGAAUCAAGGAAGAUGAUACAGAUGUGCCUGUUCGCAGAGGGCAGUAUUACUACUAUGAAAGAACAUUGUCUGGCAAGGAGUAUGUACAACACUGCAGGCGUCUUGUACCAACAGAUGGCCAUAUUACAGUCUUCGAUGCAAUGCCCGUAGGACUUGAUGCCCCUGAUGAGCAUAUUGUCUUGGAUGAGAAUGUAAAGUCUGAGGGCCAUGAUUAUUACAGCAUCGGGGCUUUCAAGGUCAGUCCCAGCGGUAGGCUAGUUGCUUAUGGAGAAGAUACUAACGGUGACGAAGCCUACACGCUUUAUGUCAUUGAUGCGGAGAGUGGAGAAUAUGUUGGGCAACCACUUAAAGGAGUUACUUCUGACAUUGAGUGGGCUGGUGAUGAUUACCUUGUUUACAUUACAAUGGACAGCCUUCAUCGACCAGAUAAAGUAUGCCUACACAAGUUAGGAUCUGAUCAAUCUAAUGAUAUGUGCCUGUAUCAUGAAAAAGAUGACAUAUUUUCACUUGGUCUUCAAGCUUCAGAAAGCAAGCAAUAUUUAUUUGUUAGAUCAGAAAGCAAAAGCACAAGCUUUAUAUUCCACCUAGACAUCUCCAAACAGAACAAGCAGCUUGAAGUUUUGACACCUCGCUUGUAUGGCAUUGAUACAGCAGCUAGUCAUCGUGGAAACCAUUUCUAUAUUAAGAGGCGAAGUGAAGAUUUCUACAACUCUGAACUGGUUGCUUGCCCAUCGAAUAAUGUUGCUGAGGCCACUGUCUUGCUAUCACACAGAGAAAGUGUGAAAAUUCAGGACUUCCAGCUCUUUGAGAAUCAUAUUGCUGUCUAUGAGUGUGAGAAUGGUCUACCAAAAAUAACUGUAUAUGGCUUACCGGCCAGUGGAGAGGCACUUGGGAAACUUCAAGGUGGACGGGAAAUUGAUUUUGUUGAUCCAGCAUAUGCAGUGGAACCCGAGGAGUCACAGUUCCAUUCAUCUAUUAUUAGGUUUCAUUAUAGCUCACUGAAGACACCACCCUCGGUGUUUGACUAUGAUAUGGAUUCAGGGGUGUCUGUAUUGAAGAAAAUUAAUACUGUUUUAGGUGGAUUUGAUUCAUCAAAUUAUGUAUCAGAAAGAAAAUGGGCUGCCGCUUCUGAUGGAACACAGAUCCCUAUCUCCAUUAUAUAUAGAAAAGAUCUUGUGCAGCUCGAUGGCUCAGACCCCAUGCUGCUAUCUGGCUUUGGCUCCUAUGAGAUAUGCAUAGAUCCGAGUUUCAGUGGAUCAAUAUUCUCUCUAGUAGAUAGGGGGUUUGUACAUGCGAUAGCUCAUGUUCGUGGAUGUGGGGAAAUGGGCCGGAAGUGGUAUGAAGAUGGAAAGCUGUUGAAGAAGAAAAACACCUUCACUGAUUUCAUUGCUUGUGCUGAGCACUUGAUGAAAAGCAAAUACUGUUCAAAGGAAAAGCUUUGCAUUAGUGGCAAAAGUGCAGGUGGCCUAUUGAUGGGCGCUGUCCUAAAUAUGAGGCCUGACUUAUUCAAGGCUGCCAUUGUUGGGGUCCCUUUUGUUGAUGCUCUCACAACUAUGCUUGAUCCAACCAUUCCAUUGACCACAGCUGAAUGGGAGGAGUGGGGUGAUCCAAGGGAAGAAGAAUACUAUUAUUAUAUGAAAUCAUAUUCUCCUGUUGACAACGUGAAAGCACAAGAGUAUCCCCACAUUCUCGUCACGGCCGGCUUAAACGAUCCUUGCGUGAUGUACUCGGAACCUGCCAAGUUUGUGGCUAAGCUGAGGGAAUUGAAAAGGGAUGACAACCUUCUGCUAUUCAAGUGUGAAGUAGGUGCCGGACACAACUCAAAGUCUGGAAGGUUCGAGAAAUUGCGGGAGGACGCCUUUUCUUACACGUGUCUCCUCAAGGCACUGGGCAUGACAAAUACGGCUUGAUUGUGCCGGGCUAUCCGGCGUAUGAGGUCUAGUUUGUUCUGAACCCUCUUCGUAGAGUUUGGUGUCUUCCUAGCUGGCUAUACGGAUCUUACUUUCUUAGUUUAGCGACGGGACAACUCUAGUGUUGACGUUCUCGAUGCUCUAUCGACACGUGUGAGACAUAAAAACAGAGGAGUUCCCGAGGAUUUUGUUUUCUUCGGAGCUAAUUUGAGACGGGGAUUUGUAGCACGUAGGUGGGCAUGCACCCCUUUUUUCUUA